UGAGCCAUGGGAUCCCAGCUGCAGAAACUUGGCAAUUCACAUGAGGAGGAUGCUCAUGGGCUACGCAGUGGAGGUGGCACAGCUGCCUGCCACAGAACCAUUAGGGUUGGAAGGGACCUCUAGAGAUGAUCUGGUCCAAACCCCCUGCCAAGGAAAGGUCUCCUAGAGCAGGCGAGGCAGGAGCACAUCCAGGUGGGGUUUGAAUGUCUCCAGAGAGGGACACCCCAUGACCUCCCUGCACAGCUUGUUCCACUGUUCUGCCACGCUCAGCAUGAAGUUCUUCCUCAUGUAGAGGUGAAACUUCUUGUGUUUCAGUUUAUGGCCACUGCUCCUCAUCCCGUCACUGGGAUCCACCAAAAAGAGUCUGGAACUAUCUUCUUACCACCCACCUUUGAGAUAUUUAUAUGCAUUAAUGAGAACCCCUCUCAGUCUUCUCUUCUUUAGACUAAACAUUGGCCAGCUCCCACAGCCUCUCCUAUGAGGGAAGCUCCAGACUCCUAAUAACCUUUGUGGCUCUCCACUGAACCCUGUCCAGUAGCUCCUUAUCUUUCUUGUAUUGAGGAGCCCAGAACUGGACACAGCGCUGCAGAUGUGGCCUCAGCAAUGCCAAGCCGAGGAGCAGGAUCACCUCUGUGUACCUGCUGGCCACACUCUUCUCUCUGGCAGACCCUUUCUCCCCAGGUAACCCCAGGACGCCGGCAGCAAGAUCUUCCACGGCCCCGCUACCACGUCUGGAAGCGACCCCACGGCGAGGAGCACCUUCGGGGCCCUUCCUCCGAGUGACCCCACAAACUUCACGGCGGGGGAAGCUCCGUGGCCUCGCCUCAGCCCGUCGGCGGGCGGCAGGAGGAGCCCGAGCCCAAGCCUCAAGUAGACGGAGGAGCGUGGAGGGCAGGUGAGCGCGGGCCGGGACGUGUGGCCGAGCCCGGGCGCUCUCCAGCCCCAGGGCCAGUCCGGGCGGCUCCGGCCGUGAGUCAGAGCGCGGCGAGGGGAGGCGCGGCCGCCUGAGCGAGCGAGCAGCGAGCGAGAGCGGCUCCGCCGGGCGGAGGCGGGGGCAGCGUGUCCGGCCCAGACCCCUCCUCCCGCCUUCCUCCGCCCGCUCCCUCCUCCCUCCCUCCCUGCGCGGCUCUCCCGGGGACGCGGAGAGGCGCCGCCGGGCCCGGGGCCUGGACCGCACGGGUGCCCGCCCUCUCCCACCGCCGCUCCCACCGCCCGGCCGCGGGCUGGAUGUAGCCGGGCGCCCCGCGGGGGCUGCAGCAGCAAGAUGGCGGAUCUGUCGCUGCUCCAGGAGGACCUGCAGGAGGAGAUCGACGGAUUUGGUGUGGAUGACUACAGCUCAGAGUCUGAUGUGAUUAUUAUACCUUCAGCCCUGGACUUUGUCUCACAAGAUGAGAUGUUGACGCCUUUGGGAAGAUUGGACAAGUACGCUGCAAGUGAGAACAUAUUUAACAGGCAAAUGGUGGCUCGAAGUUUGCUGGACACUUUGAAGGAAGUCAGUGAUGAUGAGAGAGAUUGUAUUGCUGUGUUGGAGAGAAUCAGCAGAUUAGCUGAUGAUUCAGAGCCAACAGUGCGGGCAGAACUGAUGGAACAGGUGCCUCAUAUUGCUAUGUUCUGUCAAGAAAACAGACCUUCAAUCCCUUAUGCUUUUUCCAAAUACUUGCUACCAAUUGUGGUGCGAUACCUUGCCGACCAGAAUAACCAGGUCAGAAAAACAAGCCAGGCAGCUUUGUUAGUGCUGUUGGAGCAAGAACUCAUCGAGAGAUAUGAUGUGGAGACCAAAGUGUGCCCUGUGCUGAUAGACCUGACAGCUCCAGACAGCAACGACGAUGUGAAAACAGAAGCUGUGGCUAUUAUGUGCAAAAUGGCCUCCAUGGUUGGAAAGGACAUCACGGAAAGACUUGUGCUUCCCAGGUUCUGCGAGAUGUGCUGUGACUGCAGGAUGUUUCAUGUUCGUAAGGUAUGUGCCGCCAAUUUUGGAGAUAUCUGCAGUGUGGUUGGACAGCAAGCCACUGAAGAAAUGCUGCUGCCAAGGUUUUUCCAGCUCUGCUCUGAUAAUGUGUGGGGAGUUAGGAAAGCCUGUGCUGAGUGCUUCAUGGCAGUUUCUUGUGCAACAUCACAGGAAGUCCGGAGGACAAAAUUGUCAACCCUUUUUAUUAAUUUGAUUAGUGAUCCUUCACGAUGGGUUCGCCAAGCAGCUUUUCAGUCCCUGGGGCCUUUCAUAUCAACUUUUGCUAAUCCAUCCAGCAGUGGCCAGUACUUUAAAGAAGAAGAUGGUAAAAACCCAGAAGAUUGUGAUUCUGCACAGGAAAACAGUGAGCAAGUCAGGACCACAGAAGAUGGCACAACAGAUGAAGAGCACAACAGGACAGAGGAUCUGUCUUCACAUUGUGAUGAUAGUGAUGAUUUUGCAACAAAACUUGAAAAUGUCAUAGAAGAUCAAAAUACAGUGUCAAAUAACUCCAAGAGGGAAAGUGAUUUCCAGACUGAAUCAUCCUUCUAUUGCACUUUGCCUUCAGAAUCUUGUGGGGAAAUGGUGGAUGAGAACGAGCAAAGUUCUCAUUGCUGUACAACAGAUGUGCAAGAGUCUGGGCUGAAUUCACAGGAAACCUCUCUUUCAGAGCAGGAAUUAUACAACUCUUUCCAUUUCUGGAGGACUCCACUUCCUGAAAUAGAUAUUGACUUUGAGCUUCAGCAGACUUCUGAUAUAAAACUCGAUAGAGAAAUUCAGGAACUCACUAUGCCAGUGUCUCCAAGCAUUCCUAUGGCAACAAGGAAAGAACUAGAAGAAAUGAUAGAAAAUUUGGAACCCCAUAUAGAUGAUCCAGAUGUUAAAGCACAAGUGGAGGUGUUGUCUGCUGCACUCAGAGCAUCCAGUUUGCAUCCUCAAGAAGAGACAAUGGCCAGUGUUGGCAAGGGAACAGAUUCACAGACUGAACUAACCAUCAAUGACCAACAAAGUUUUAAACCUAUACUGGGUGAUAUUGUGCCUUUAAUUGGUGACUCUGUUGAGAGUAUGGAUUCUACACUUCACUAUAUUCAUAACGAUUCAGAUUUGAGUACCAACAGUAGUUUCAGCCCUGAAGAAGAAAGAAAAUCCAAAGUACAGGAUGUUGUACCUCAAGCCUUGCUGGAUCAGUAUUUAUCCAUGACUGAUCCGUCCCGCGCACAAACAGUGGACACCGAGAUUGCCAAGCACUGCGCCUACAGCCUGCCCGGCGUGGCACUGACCCUGGGCAGGCAGAACUGGCACUGUUUGAAAGACACCUACGAGACUCUGGCAUCUGACAUGCAGUGGAAGGUUCGGCGGACACUGGCAUUCUCUAUACAUGAACUUGCUGUCAUCCUUGGAGACCAGCUUACAGCUGGAGAUUUAGUUCCUGUCUUCAAUGGCUUUUUGAAGGACCUAGAUGAAGUGAGGAUAGGUGUGCUUAAGCACUUGCAUGACUUCCUGAAGCUUCUUCAUGUUGACAAAAGACGAGAGUAUCUUUAUCAGCUUCAGGAAUUCCUGGUGACUGAUAACAGCAGGAACUGGCGUUUCCGUGCUGAGCUGGCUGAGCAGCUGAUUUUGCUCCUAGACCUGUACAGUGCCAGGGACAUCUAUGACUACCUGCGGCCCAUUGCUUUCAGCCUCUGUGCAGACAAAGUGUCCUCUGUCCGCUGGAUUUCCUACAAGCUGGUUAGUGAAAUGGUAAAAAAGCUGUACAUGGCUUCAACACCAACCUUCGUGGUAGACCUCAUGAAUGAACUUGUUGAAAAGUUCUGUAGAUGCCACAAAUGGUCUGGUCGGCAGACUUUUGUCUUUAUUUGCCAGACUAUCAGUGAAGAUGACUGCCUGCCCAUGGAGCAGUUCGCUGUGCAUCUGUUGCCACACUUACUACACUUGGCAUCUGACAAGGUUCCAAAUGUUCGAGUCCUGCUCGCAAAAACAUUGAAGCAAACCCUUUUAGAGAAAGAGUAUUUCCUGAAUUCUGCCAACUCUCACCAAGAAGCUGUGGAACAAACAAUUAUGGCUCUUCAGAUGGAUGGUGACAGUGAUGUCAAGUAUUUUGCGAGCAUCCAUCCUGCCAGUACCAAAAUUGCAGAUGAUGCCAUGAGCACUGCUUCAUCAACCUACUGAGUUCCAAACGUUGCUAUAAUUAAAAAAAGAAAAAUUAAACCAACUAUCCUCAAAUGCUUCUAAAAUGGUUGAUUUAGAGCAACCUCUUUGGAAGGAGAGAUUUCUUGCCAGAUUUAACAGGUGGAUGUUACCUAAACCUGAUAACCAGGGAUUUUAAGUCAAGGCAAAGUAAACAUACCUGUGUCAGCUUGACUUUAGAAAAACACUGCUCAGAGGAUUAUUUUUGCCACCGAAGCCUUAAAUCUUCUGUCUUCCUGAACAAAUGAAACUUGAAUUGGCAGAUCAUUUUCAUUGUAGAAAGGAUGUGAUGAUUUCCAGAGACCUGCAUUGUUUCUCCUGAGGAGUUAACUUAGCAAGUAUUUUCUGUAGCAGCUGAUGGGCGGGAUGGCCAGAGAGGCAAGUUUGUACAGGGACUGAGACCUCCAGUAUUAGAGCUAAAGUUUUUAUCAGUCAAGGACUUGAUUUGCGUGCAGCUGGGCACACCCUUAAGUGGGAAUAGCUUUGAUGUUUGUAAAUGGGAAAAGUAGAAAUUUGGAUUUCUCUUAAGGGCUCAGUGCUAACACUAAACUAGAAUCUGAUUUUAAUCCUUAAAUGCAGCAUAUUGCUGUAUCCAUUAGCAGAAAACUUUGCUGAGUACCUGUGUCCUAAUUAUUUUCAUGCUGGUCAUGACCUAAAGGAAAUUUAUUAGCACAUGUACUUUAAGUCAGGUAUUUUUAACUUGAUCAUGAUCAGCUCUGAAGGUGCAACUUUUUUCUUCAUAUACUGUACAUAUCUGUGAGCCUCCUUGGAGUGCUGCAGUCUAAUCAUGUUGUUUAAAAGCUGUUGUGAUACAAGUUGUUCUCUACUUGUCCAAAUAAAAUUUAUUAAUAAGAUGGAAAGAAAUCUUGUGACCUUUUUAAGACAUUAAAAAAAACAAGUUUGAAAUUUAA